AUGUCUUUUCAUACAACUUGUGCGUGUGUGUUAAAUACCCCCGCUGCCAUCAAGAACAUGCUCGUCGUUGUCGAGUUUGCCACUGCUCAAAAUGAGAAGAGCAAGAAGAUCUACCCCUUCAUGGUCAAGCUUAGCCGCACGUGCAUCGACGUCGACUUCCUCCUCGUCAUGGCCGAUGAGUCCGAUGAGACCCGCCGGCUCUGCUUCCGCGAGAAGAUCGAAAAUCCCCACUUCAGAUUUUACAAGUCCAUGCAGAAGGUCCAUGAGAAGGACGCCAUCGGGUCGGAUCAGCUGAUGGGCAACGUCCUUUACUACGGGGACCACCACUCCCUGGUGGUCCAGCUGCACUCCAGGGACGUCGAGUCCUAAAUCGAGCGGAGCAAGGAAGACGGGAAGCUGCUGGUCCUGGACAUAGGCCUCAAGCACUAUGGGCCAUGCGUCAAGGUCUACCCAACGGUUAUAGAGCUGUCGAGGUCCAUGAAGGACAACAUGGCGUUCGCUAGGAUGAACGGGGACGAGAACGAGAGCUGCAUGGAGUUUUUGAAGGACAUGGAUGUGGUCGAGGUCCCUACGUUUUUGUUUAAAAGGGAUGGGGAGAUUUGUGGGAGGUACGUUGGGAGCGGGAAAGGGGAGCUCAUUGGUGAGAUACUUAGAUACCAAGGGGUUAGGGUUACUUGUUAA